AUGUUCUUCACGGGAAGCUUGCAAGAAGGCAUAGCCACGGCGCUGCAGCAGAGCAAAUGUGUAUUCUGCUUUGUCACGGCUUUGCUACGAAAUGAAGCAGUCGCCCUACGGAUGAAGAAGGGCUCGGAGGAAGCGGGCUAUCUAGCCGCCAUCUUCCCGCUUCCCAACACUCCUACCGUUGUCAUCAUCAAGAAUGGUGACCUCAAGGAGUACAUCACCGCCGGAACCAGCAAGGAUGAGUUUGUCAGAAGAGUGACCACGGCCUUCCGCGGCGCUCAGGGCCAACCCGCCGUCCCCCAACCCGCCGUCCCCCAGCCCGCCGCAGCCGCAGCGCCUGCUCCGGCUGCUCAAUCGACUGAUGACUUGUAUGAUGAGAUUCCAUAUAACCCUCCCCAGGCUGCAGCUCCUGCAGUCAACACCCAGACCCAGCCCGCCAGGACUAGCACAUCUGACUCUAGCCCCCGCGGCCCCGCCACCCCGACGCAGGAGGAAGAAAACGCCGCCACCCUGCGCGCUGUCCUUGCAGAGCGUGCUGCUCGUCUCGAGGCCCAGCGCCUGGAAUCAGAGCGCAAGGCGAAGGCAGCGCGCGCCGCCGCCGCCGAGAAGGCCGAGACCGACAAUUCCAAGCAGGCUGAGCAGACUCGCAACCACAAGGAGGCCCUCAAGAAAGCGCGCCAGGAGGCCGCGGACGAGAAGGCGCGCAUCCUGAAGAAGAUUGAGGACGACCGCGCCGAGCGAAGGGCCAAGGCCGCAGAGCGUGCUGCCAUCCGGAACCAGUCGUCCUCGCCGAAGCUGGGCGAUGUUGCCGCGGCGUUGACGAGGUCCGAGUCUAGCUCGCUGGCGCCAUCGACAUCCUCCGCGAGCGGUAUGACCGCACUGCAGGUUCGUCUUCUGGACGGUUCCACGAUUCGCUCGCGGUUCCCGAGCAAGACCACCCUUGGCGGGGAUGUGCGAGCGUGGGUUGAUGGCGAGAGGACGGACGGGAGCAAGGAGCCGUAUCGGUUCAAGGUCGUGCUGGCGCCGCAGCCGAGCAGACUCAUCGACGACACCGAGGAGAGCAAGAGUCUUACAGAGCUGAGCCUUUCGCCGUCUUCUACUCUCGUGUUGGCGCCUGUGGGGGCGCACGUCAGCGCUUACGAGGGGUCCUCGCUGGGGAGCAUGGCUGUUGGGUUCCUGCUGUUGCCAUUGACGCUGCUGCAGUGGCUCUGGGGGCUUAUCUCGGGCGUGUUCUCCGGGCUCGGGGCCCAGAGGCAGGCCGCGGAGGAGGGUGGCGCGGAGCCUGUUACUGUGAGGGAGCAGCGCAAGGGAAAGUUUUCGCAGUUUGCAAACCCGGAUGAUCGGAAAACCGACCAUCAACUUUACAACGGCAAUUCGUUGAACUUUGAGCCGCGGCCAGACGAGAAGAAGGACGAGUAA